UCGCGUUCUCCGCGUAUUCGCUGUUCUGAAAAGGCGGAUCGGGGCGCCCUUUCCCUCCCACAUUGCCCAGCCCAAAUCUCUCUCUCUCUCUCUCUCUCUCUCUCUCUCUCUCUCUCUCUCUCUUUCUCUCUCUCUCUCCUCCAACGGAGGGCGGCUUGCGAGAAGUGUUACUGUUUUGUGGAAGAAAUCUUGUAUUUGAGAACCCAGAAAAAAUUGUGCACAAUGAGUGAUGGUGGUUCCCAAGAUGUGGUUCCUCGCAACCAGGCUGUUUUUGGUGAUAUAACCAAUGUUUGUGGCAAGAGGCCGUUGUCAUUGGAGUCAGAAAAAAAUGAUGCUGAGAACAAGAUUGGGAGGUAUCAGGGCACUCAGCGGACUGGUUUUAGGAAUGCUGAUUUUGGAAGAAAGUUACGUGAAAUGGUGGAGGAUGUUACUGCCAGGAAGGUCAACACUGGUCCUGCAUCUGAAAUGUGUGAAAAUGUGGUAGACCACAAGGGCAAGGGUGUCUCCUUUGAUGAUGCUAAACAACCCUGUCAAGAGGGUCAUAAAAGGGAUGGUACAGAUUCCGUGAGACAUACACCUGAAAUGGAUCAUGGUAAAUCUUCUGCUUCAAAUUUUAGCAAUUUGAAUAUUGUUACUUCGAAGGGAAACAAUGUUGAUGGUGGUGAAUGUUUGACUGAAGACCAGUCGGAAGAAUCAGGCCUUUUAGAAUGCUUGAUGCCGUUUGGGUCAUUGGAUUUCAAAAUGGCUAACAUGGAGGGAUUUUUAAAUGCCAAUGCUGCUUCAAAUGUUGGAUCAAGCAUUAAUGAUGAAGGCAGCAUGGGCUCAGAAAAAUCUUGUGCUUGUUCUUUCUGUCUCAAAGCUGCUUAUAUGUGGACAGAUCUUCAUUACCAGGAUACCAGAGGCCGGCUUGCUGCAUUGAAGAAGAGCAAAAGGCUCGCUAGGUCUUUAGAAGCAAGGUGCUAUGGUCAUGAUUAUACUUCCAAAACUGCUCGAGACAACUCAAAAAAAUCUACAGAGAUAGAGUUUGAGCUCAUGCAGCGCUGGAGAUCACUUUUCCUUCAUACAGAAAAUGUCCUUGUGCGUGAGACUGCACAUCUGGCUAAAGGAACUGAGGGAGAAUUGCAAGAGAAAUUUGGAGGUCACUAGCAUGGUACGUUCUGAGAAGUGAUUACCGUACGUUGCUUCUGAGGUAUCAUCUGCAAGUUGUUUGUCCAGGUGUAGUUCAUAGAAUGCUAUUUGGAAGGAGAUGUUUGUUGAAAAUGAGAGGGUUAAUUAAGAUUUAAAAUUUUCCACCUGCAAAUGGUACCUUCAUGUGUAGAAAAUUCACAGCCAGUCAUUUGAUAUUUCCUGCAAUUAUGAUUAGCAGAUGAUAUUACUGAGUUGAACUAAAUUCCUGUUCUUCAUUUAUUACACCACAACUUCUACUUUUGUAAUCAAUUUGGUGUUUCGAUGUAAAUCAGAAAAGUUCUGUUGCAUGGUAAAUAGUGUACCUUUUCUGAUAGAAUAAUCACGUUCCAAUAUUUGAAAAGCUCUAUCAGUGCCUUAUCGAACUUGGAGCAAUUUUUAUAUUUGUUAGUUUAAUGAUACUCUGAGCAAAUCACAUUCCUGGUCAUUAGGUCAUCAGCUGCCAGCUUAAUAAAACGUAAUCUUGCACUUCCACUGAAGAUGAUUUUCCCCAAAGAGACCUUUAACUUCUAUCAUGGACACAAGCUCCCAUCACCUGCUGUUAGAUAUCUACAGCACCACCAAUAAGAUAUAUUGUAAAUUCAUCAUAGACAUCAUUCCAUCUAGACAUCCAAUAUUUACCCUUGUCCACAACGAAAGCCUUACCUUGUAAAAAGCUUAAGGUUCUUGUUUGUGUCAAGAUUGCUUCAGAGUUUCGUUGAAUCCCAGCAGAUGCUUCUGGAGGGACUGGCCUUAUGAAAUUGAUAAAUGUUUUUUCAGAACUGCCUUUUUUGUAUCUACUAUUUUCCACCAAGAGAUGAUUUUUCUUUUUUCAGAUUUAAUAUCUUUUAUAAUAGGUUGAUGGGUAUUAAAAUCUAGUAUUUGUGUUCAUCAAUGCUGUUCCGUAUUCUUUCUGCAAUCAUUUCUCUGCUAACUUGCUCUUUUCUCUUAAUAAAAAGCAUUUUAAUUUAUAUAAGACUGCUUUAUCAAGGAGCCAAUGAUGUGAACUCACGUAUGUAUGAUUAGUAAUGGAUUGAAUUUUUUGUAUCUAAAACUCCAUCAUGUCAACUUAUUGAAUGGUGUCUUGGAGCAGUCUAAAUCUUAAUCUGUUUUUAGGAGCCUUCUGAUGUUGAGCUAUAGCAAAUGAGUUUUA